AUGACAGCCCACGUAUCUGCUCCCCGGUACAGCGCCGAUGACUUUGAUACAGCUUCAAUCCGCUCAGCGGCGCCUUCUUACGGUACGUUUGAACCCCCGCACCGUUCACAGUCGCUGACGGUAGAGACAGUCUCGGAGGUGCCCUCAUACCACUCGAGGAUUACAUACAGUGAGGCCUCUCCAGCAUACACGCCGGCGGCGCCAACAAGCACAGCGACGACAACGACGACAACAGCGACAUCAUCAUCAUCAUCAACCGCAGCAGCUUCGACGCCGCGGCAAAUCUUCUCCGCAGCAUCAAGCUCCCUGACCGGGAGACAGCCAGUUGGCCUGCCGCCGCUUCCGCCUCUAGCUUCACCAAGGGUCCUCAACGACCACAGCUUCCGCAUCCCAACGUGGUCCGCCGGCAGCGCCCCGGCAGCCCGUCACUACCGCAAGGUCGCCGAGAGGCGCGUCAUUGACGGACGCUUCCAGGCCGCGGCUGAAGUGGUGGGCAUGCGGGACACUACGAUAACCCGGCAGAGCGACAACGGCGAGGGCCAUGUUGUCCGUCCGCUGGAGGAUCCUUACCUGGUGGGCGAGCAAGCGGCUGCCGAGGCCCGCCAGCAGAGGAUAGCUCGCGAGGUUGGCGAGAGCAUGUUGAGGGAGGAAGACAAGCAGUGGGAUUGGAUGCUGGCUCAGAUGAAGACGUGGGAGGAGCGAGAGAGGAACUGGACUCGGUUUCGACAAGAGGCGACCAACAGCCGGCGGAAGACGUUGUUCAGGCGAAUCGGCGGGCGGCUACUAUAGAGGAGGGUUGAUCUGCUGUUUCGCACAAGUCGGACACUGCUCGUU